AUGUUUUCAUUUAAACAACUCAUAACUUAUGCAGAGAGAAAUUCACAAAAAUUCACGCCAAUUAUUUAUAGAAACCUUCUUAAUUCAAAAUCAAUAUCUUGUAAAAUCCCAGCUAAAAUUUUUGUUUCCCCACGAAGAAAUAUUCAGAAACGAUUCUUCUCUUGUACUGCAGUAAAUAAACAUAAAGAAAUCGCGCCGCCAAAAGAAGGUGAGGGUGUCAAGAUCAAUAUAAUCACCCGUGAAGGUGACAAACACACAAUACAGGCCAACGAAGGUGAUAGUAUAAUGGACAUUACGAUGGCACACGACAUAGAUCUUGAAUGCGCAUGUGAGGGAUCACUGGCGUGUUCGACGUGUCAUGUAAUCGUAGAUCCAAAGUAUUAUGAGAAAUUGGAUGAACCGACAGAUGAAGAAAAUGAUAUGUUGGAUCUUGCAUUUGGAUUGACUGAAACAUCGCGAUUGGGAUGUCAGAUCGUUAUGAAACCAGAAUUGGAUGGGAUAACUGUCACUAUUCCUUCUGCAACGAGAAAUGUUCGUCUUGAAGGUAACCUUUUGCGAUAUAAAAAUUCGCGUCUAUUUAUAUCUUGA